AUGCCUCGUGCCGUCAGAGGAGUCCUCAUCGAGUGCGAUCCGUCCGUGAAAGCCAUCAUCCUCAAAUACGACGAAGAAAGACACGACUACAUCGUCGAAGACCUGGAUGAUGACCGCCAUUUGGUCAUAAAGGAGAGUCAGUUGCAGAAUCUGAAGGCGAGGUUGACAAAGGUAGGGAUGUCGAUGAAAGUUGUUUGGGGCCUAAGGCUGAUGAGAAAACAGGAGCUUGACGAUAAGGUUAUGCAGCCUGAUGAGUCGGAAUCGGAGUGA